GGUUUAGCAAUGGCACCUGGGCGUGUAGCGUUGGGUGUUGGUGUUGUUGUUGACGGGGCUGCCAAACAUUCGCCUAAGACUGCAGCCGGAGAGGGAACUCGCGUGUCUGUUUCACGAGGUCCGGGAGCAGCUUGAUUGGCACCCAGGCUGGGCUGCCCUCGAGUUUGCUGGCCGAAGCCCUCCGCGGCCCCACUUUACGCAACCCCUCCACUCCGCUGGCUCGAGAAGAGCCUUUGGAUUUGGCUAAUAUCUUUGUGACAUGGCUCCCAGGGCAUUAAACGGAUCUGGCCCUAACUUCCCUUCCUUAAACCGCGGCUAGAUGCAGGUGAUCUUCCGUAGGGAAACCAGGACAGAAACCCAGCUGGCUUCCUUCGGGGAAGGGGGGUCCGGAACAUUUGCUUUGGCCCCCCCGAGGCUGCUCCCCGACGGCGGUGAGCUUGGAGCGUGCAGUGCAGAAACUCCUGCUGCUCUCCGGACGCAGCUGAGCUCUGGGCUCCUGGAGAGGCACAGAAAUCUCCUCCAAAGCGCCCACCUAGCAGCGCCUGUCACCCGUCACGGGCAGCAGCUUCCCAGAGCAUUGUUCCUGCCUGAAGCCCAUGAGUGCCGGGUGCCAGUUAAGUCGGUUAGAUGGUUUAACAUCCUGGAGAGCAUCAAACCGAAGAAGCAGCCUGGGUUUCAAUGGGAGCUGGCUGCUCAAAUUGAAAUUAUUCCAUGCAAGAUCUGCGGAGACAAAUCUUCAGGAAUCCAUUAUGGUGUGAUUACCUGUGAGGGCUGCAAGGGCUUCUUCAGGAGGAGCCAGCAGAGCAAUGCCACCUAUUCCUGCCCUCGCCAAAAAAACUGCUUAAUUGAUCGAACCAGCAGAAACCGCUGCCAGCACUGCCGCUUGCAGAAAUGCCUGGCCGUGGGGAUGUCGCGAGACGCUGUCAAGUUUGGCCGCAUGUCCAAAAAACAGAGGGACAGCUUGUACGCAGAGGUCCAGAAGCAUCGGAUGCAGCAGCAGCAACGAGACCACCAACAGCCCCCCGGAGAAGCGGAGCCGCUGACCCCGAGCUACAGCAUCACGGCUAAUGGCCUGACGGACCUGCACGAUGACCUCAGUAAUUACAUAGAUGGUCACUCUCCUGAAGGUAGCAAAGGCAACUCUGCGGUUAGCAGCUUCUACUUAGACAUACAACCUUCUCCAGACCAAUCGGGCCUUGAUAUUAAUGGCAUCAAACCAGAACCAGUCUGUGACUACACUCCCACGACGGGCUUCUUUCCAUAUUGCUCCUUUACCAAUGGGGAGACCUCUCCUACUGUGUCCAUGGCAGAAUUAGAACACCUUGCGCAAAACAUCUCUAAGUCACACAUGGAAACCUGCCAGUACUUGAGGGAAGAGCUUCAACAGAUCACCUGGCAAACGUUUCUGCAGGAGGAAAUUGAGAACUACCAGAGCAAGCAAAGAGAGGUCAUGUGGCAGUUAUGUGCGGUGAAGAUAACAGAAGCAAUACAGUAUGUCGUAGAAUUUGCCAAACGCAUCGACGGUUUUAUGGAACUAUGCCAAAACGAUCAAAUUGUGCUUUUGAAAGCAGGGUCUUUAGAGGUUGUAUUUAUCAGAAUGUGCCGUGCCUUUGACUCUCAGAACAACACAGUGUACUUCGAUGGCAAAUACGCUGGCCCAGAUGUAUUCAAAUCAUUAGGCUGUGAAGAUUUCAUUAGUUUUGUUUUUGAAUUUGGAAAGAGUUUAUGUUCUAUGCACCUUACUGAAGACGAGAUUGCAUUAUUCUCAGCUUUCGUUUUACUAUCUGCAGAUCGAUCAUGGCUUCAGGAAAAGGUAAAAAUUGAAAAGCUCCAGCAAAAAAUUCAGUUUGCGCUUCAACAUGUACUGCAGAAAAACCAUCGGGAAGAUGGAAUAUUAACAAAGCUAAUAUGCAAAGUGUCUACCUUAAGAGCCCUGUGUGGACGACAUACAGAAAAGCUCAUGGCGUUCAGAGCAAUAUAUCCAGAGAUUGUGCGACUUCAUUUUCCUCCCUUGUACAAGGAGUUGUUCACUUCAGAAUUUGAGCCAACGGUGCAGAUGGAAGGGUAAAGGGAUCUUCUCAAGCCUUCUAGAAGCUCUGAGGGACAAACAUUCAAGCAGAAAGAGAGAAGAAAGAGAUUCAACUGAGACACUUUCGUGGCCCUGCGUGAGACGUAGGGAGCCAUCACACUGCACAUCUUCCGGGCACCGGUGCCAGGCGAAGGAGGGGGGGGGGAACGAAACAAGGGUUGGACUUCCUUGUCUCCUUGGUCCCGUUGCUGCGAUGCCCACCAAAGGGACCCUUUCCCCCCUGCCUGGACUUCUCAGUCUUCAGCCUCUGUUUACACAGAAGGAGGGCUUUCCUCUGUCCUUGUAACUCACUGCCCACAGAGACGCUCGCCGAACAAGGUCCGAACCGAAUCUCCAGCUCGACUCCAGCGACUGGUGUGCACUGCAGAGGCUUCGCUUCAUCAGUUUUGCACAACUUUUGCUCAUUGUUUCAUGAAGGACGAUGUCUUUUCACCGUACCGUGAUUGCCGCCAGGCGGAAUGGCAUGAAAAGAGUCCAUAGCAAUAGCAUUAUAAUCUAUUACAGGGUAAAUGGGCAUGAAGUCAAUAUAUAGCAAAAGAGAUGAUAUUGUUUAUAUAUUGUUUUAAUUAAUAUAAAAAUUGUAGUUAACUGGUAUAGCUUUUAUUGUUGAAUUGAUAAGGCACUUUCAUUUUGCACCUUUUUUUCUUUUUAAAUUAUAUGCUGGCGUGUUCAAUGUUUGUGCUGCAUGUACACCAGAAAUCCAAGUUUUAACGGAGGGUUGGAAGGGAGAGGAGAACCCUGCAAAGGAGGUUGUGCUGCUAUUUUCCACGUUUCCUUUGGCAGAGAGGCUGGCCCAGGUCAUGAGAUGCCCUUCCGUGGUCUUGUGUAAGGGGCAGGGAGGGAGGGAGGAGGGAAGUCAAGUUUCUAAACCGUUCUCUGGGUCUUAAAACUAUGAUUUUAUUGGAGAAGCAAAAAAAAAAAAAUCCCUAUUUUUAAACCAGAUUACUGACAAUGGGGAUUGAAAAGAAAAAAAAAUAGAGCUAUGUUUAAUCACUUAACAAAUGUGUUGGUUUUUUAGCAACUCCUUUUUAAAAUCAGCCCAUUUCCUGGAGUGAGUAAAUGUGGAUUCUGACAACCAAAUUUAGACACUUGUGUUUUGGAAAUAUUGGUCCUAAUACUUUUGUUUACAUUUUGUGUGUGUGUGUGUGUGUGUGUGUGUGUGUGUGUGUGUGUGUGUAGAGAAACAGAUUCAACAAAUUAAGACAGGUAGGGUACAUACAAUUUUUUUUCCUCGUGGAUCAUGUCCAUGGACUUAAAUCUUGUAUUCAGUGCAUGGAAACCCAACUAUUUGCUGAGUUGUGACACAGCUGGAGGCUUGUUAAAAAAACCUGCUCUUACGUGUGGCUACUUUCUUUGUAAACCAAGAGGUGCUACUUGUCCCUUUGCUUUACAAUCUGUUCCAAACUGAAGCGCCCAUGGGAGGUGGUUAAACAUGUCGGCGGCUUGGAUCCCAGAAUUGCCACCGGCAUCUUGAUUUCUCGGUCACUCCGCCUUUCAAAAUCUAAAGCAAUCUGAAUUCAUGCCUACCACAUGCUACACUUUAGCCACCUGCACCUGGGAUCAUGAGCAAGAAGCUCUAUAUUAAGAAUGAUUUAUAUCAUGGCCACUGAAAUCCACCUAUGCAAAUGCAAAAUCUGAUCCAAAAAGGGGUGACACAAGUUGGACCCCAGUUCUCCUUUUGACAUUCCAUUUGCUCCUUGGACCACUUCAAAAUCUUGGAGAAGGUUCCCUCAAAGUGACCAGAAGUUCCAGUUGGAUUCCUGGUCUUCAAGUUAUGUUUAGAGCCAGUGACCAAGGUUGCAAUCCUAAUACUUUCAUCCUCUGCUUCAUCAUACCUUCUGUAGGAUCAUGUAUGUACGCAAACCAUUUGCUCAUGUCCUGUCAUUUCUAUGAAAGAAAAAAAAUUGACUUUCGGUUUGGAAAUCAGCAUUAUUUACAGCUCAUUUUUUAAAUUAAGUGCUAAUAGUAGGAGCUUCUGGUUGCUUGUAAAUUUCCACUGUUCUGACAUGGAGCAUUGUCUUCUUUUCAGGUGAUUGAUCAAGUGCCAUCAAGUCUGUGCCAACUCUUAUUACCUUCAAGAUAGAUUUUCUGCAUCUGGUCUUUCAGAUUUUUCAAACUGGGUUACAGCAAUAGGUGGCCAUCCUCUUCUCUUUCCUUCUCUCUUUCCCAGCAUUGUAGGACUUUGGGUCCUUAAAUUGAUUGAUUAAUUAUGUGCCACCAAGUUGUUGACUCUUAGCAAGCGCUUAGAUUCUCUCCAUGACCGUCUGUCCUUCACUCGGUCCCUUGAGUCUUCCAACAGUGUCCCCUUCAGCACUGUCCCUGAAUCCCACCACCUUCCUGCCGAUCAUCCUCUUCUUCGCUUUCCUUCCCACCUUUCCCACAUGAGACCUAUUUCCAGAGAGUUAAGUCUUCAAAUAAAGCAUCCAAAAGAGGACAAUCUGAGCUUUUGUGUCUUUUGUGCCAUUGGUGAGAAUUCUGGAUUGACUUGUUGGAUGAUCCAUUUUUAAAGAAAACUUUCCUAGCUGUUGAUGUUCUUCUCAAAAGUCUCAAAAGCAUCCAUCCUCUUCCUUCCUUGAUUCUUCAGGGAAGGAUCACAGGGAAUACCAUGGCUUGCUCUGUUCUGAUCAUCUCCUUUUAGUUAAUAGCAAACUGUAUUUUGAUAAGGCUAAAAUGGUGCUGAUAAUCUCUUAUGAAAAAUGCUGAGAGAGAGUCCACGUGUAAUUAGCAAUAUCUACUUUGAAUAUCAGAUCAGAGGGGAAAACCAUCAGCCAAAACAUAAAAUUCAGGAAUAAGUUUUAACAUCCAAAAUUGGUAGCCUAAUAUACUUGUUGGAUAUAACAAACUUCAGCUGGGAUUCAGCGAUAUAAAGUGUAGCAGGUGGUGGGACAUAUCAAAAGCUUCACGAUAUACCUGCAGGUGAACUCCAGAAAACUGGCAGUUAAAAUUAAUUUGGGUUUUCGUUCUCCCGUCCUAUUUUUGGUGGACCUAUUGCACUGAUUUAGAAGAAGGCCUCCGGUCCUGGACCUUGAUGGCACAGUUCUGUCUCAGUCAUGUUUAUAUUGUUUAAAAUUAUGAACUGACAUGAUAUGUGACAUUCUUUCAAAUCUGGUUGUCUUUUUAGGGAGCUUUUCAUGGUCAUAAGGUUAUCAAGGUCUGAAUGGGUGUGUUCUCUUGAACGUGUGGGGUGUAGGGGUGCAUGGUGGUUGUUAGCCCAUUAAGUGUCCAUGGAAUAAAGAAAAUGUGUUGAAGAUAUGUAAGUCAAAAAUAGAAGGUGGAAAAAAUAUUCUAUAUAAAGCCUUGUCUGGACCACUUAGAGAGACUUCUAUUUUUUUAACCCUUCUAUAAAUAUUUGGUGGCACUUGAAAUAUUCCUGCAAUAAAAUGUGAUUUGUGUAAAGGUAGAAACAAACAAAAAAGAUUUUGUAAUGUGAAAAAAAAAAUGAAAGAAAGCAAUGUAAUUUUUCUAAAAAAGAAAAACAAAAAACAAACCAACUUUGUAUUAUUUUUGUGGAUGGAAUUUGUCUACUUGUCUUUGGAAAAAGCAUUUGAUCUCAUUGAAUGUGCCAUAGCAGAGGCGCGUGGGUGGUGGGUCUUUUUUUCGUUACAUCGUAGGUGAAAGGAAGGAAGUGCUUUUGUGUUUCCGACAUUCCAUAAAGCGUGAGGCCAUCGCAAAAUAAUUCUUGUCAAAGAUGUAUUCGUGAGCUUCCGUCUUUGUUGCUUUUUUUUUGCACAUGUUGUUCAUUUCUCUCUAGUGCAAUAUGGACGCGUAGAGCACUUGCGGGUUUUACUCAGGGAAAAUUACAUAUUUGUUAUACAGGGUUUUACGUUGUCGUUUUUUGUGGUUGUUUGGGGUGGGGUGGGGGCUGAGGGAUGUUUUUUUCUUUUGCUAAGGAAUGUCGAUUGAAUCACCUGUUGUCAAGGGGCAGCCAGAUAAUAAUCCUAACGCCACUGCCAAAACCCCGAAUCCUCUCUCGUUCCGGCCCUGCCAUUCACCACAACAAUUCCUGACCGUUCUUUGUGCGAAUUGGAAAAAAAGAGAAAAAUGGGUAUAUAAGCACCUUAUGAUUGACUUAACUGUGAAUGACAAUCCAUCUUGUGAUCGGUAAUAGAUGCCCAAGAAUUUAGAAGUUUUGGUUAAAGCUCAGGGACCUUUCAAACUCUUCAACAGGGAGAACAGAGUUAUGGGUCAAAACGCUUUUGAGAAACAUGGGGGCUCUUCUUACAUUGAGCAACUAAUCUGGACAGACCUACGUUUGUCCCCAGGGAAUGUCAGUUGUUUGGAUUCUCAACUUUCGGCUACUUAACCCUGUUAAAGAUUCACACUAAAGCAACAGGAGAGGCUUUACAGCAAGAGUGUCCAGCCUUGACCACUUUAAGACUUGUGGGCUUCAACUCCCAGAAUUCCCCAUUCGUGGCUGGCUGGGGAAUUCUGGGAGUUGAAGUCCACAAGUCUUAAAGUGACCUAGGUUGGACACCCCUAGCUUACAGUAUAUGUUGGGGAAAUAAGUUAACACUGACCCAUAAUGCAUAUCAAACAACCACUGUUUUAUCUUUUUUUAAUAACAACAACAAAAUCAUGAAUCCUGAAUAUUUCUAGAUACUAUUUUGUGCUUUUCCCAAGUAAAGAAACUUUGGGAGAAUGUGGCAAGAUUUUCCAAGGCCACUUUUAACCUACAUUUUUUUAAAAAAAAUUCUACAAGGGAUGAGUGGAGGAUUGGAGAGAUCACCAGUCCGGAAAGAUUUCCUUAGGUGCCAAAUAUAAUUUCAUCCUGUAAUCUUAUGCAAAAUCAACCAUUCGUGCGACUUGGUAUAAACUUUUAACUUAUUUAUUUAUUGUUCCAGGUUUGCCAUCUGGUGCAACCUGCAGAGUCUGGCCGUGUUCAGCAGCAUUAAACAUAAAGGAAAAAGCAGUCUUUAUUAUACUGAAAUAAUUAAUUAAACUGUCUGCUGGGAGGAGGUGAAAAUGAUUAGAUGCUUGUAGUUGCCAUGAUUGACUCUUAAUUUCUUCCCUGCAGACACCUCAGACUUAUUUACUUAAAUAGAUUAUUACAACCUUUAAAAAAGCUAUUUAAAAUCCCCCAAUGAUAUGUGAGCAGUUUUUCUCAAUCUCAGCAACAUUAAAAAUGGUAGACUUCAAUUCCCAGAUAUCCCAGGUGUGCUGGCUGGGGAAUUCUGGGAGUUGAACUCCACACCUAUGAAAUUUGCUGAAGUUGAGAAGCCCUGUAUUUAGAGGAAUGCGCUGCUCAAUAGCAAGGUGUGAGUUUUUCAUUUAAUUGAAAAGACCACCCACAUUAUUUUAAACAGCCCAUAGUAAUGACCCUCUAAGUAAUUCCAUAAUUGACGUUAACUGUGUAGCCACUCCUCCAGUGCCAGUUGUGUGCCAAAACUUUUGAAGGAGGGAGGCUGAAACUGAAAUGAGAAUUUCUCUGGAGACACGGAUUAUUUGCCUUUUUUUCCAUGUUUCUUAACAGGAGGAGUUCUAGAGGAAAAGAAUUAGGAAUUUAUUGAACAGGCCAAAGAAAAGCAAAUCACAUCUCAAAUACGUGACUAGAUUCCUCUAAAUCUGAUCACACCCAUCCUACCAAUUACGGUGUUUUUUUCCACCAAAUUGAUCAACCGGUCCAAUCGCAUUAGAUUGCAGGCUUUCCUAAGGAUUGACUUCUUAACUAUAGGCACAGGUCUUGAGAGUGCCAGGGACACAGGUUUCAUCCAAAGGGGUCAAGGAUUAGAAGGAGUUUCUGUGAGCCAUGAAGGUCAAAGAGAGGGCCAAGGGGCAAUGAAUAGGGAGGUCACAGGUCAGUUCCAGGAAACCUGGCAACGUGAUGGGCUACUGGAUCAAUGAGGAUGCAGCUGCCGAUUCCACAACUGUCUCAUGCAUUUUGAUCCAAGUUCCCCAAUGAUUGCCUUAGACCGGUGUUCUCAGCCUUGGGAAGGCUCACGUUUCUGGACUUCAGAUCCCAGAAUUUGACUGGUGAAUGCUGGGAGUUGAAGUCCACCCAUCUUCAAAGUGGCUAAGGUUGAGAAACACAUAGAUACAUCUAUGACAUUACUGAAUUAGCAUAAAACACGGAGUAGAGCUAUCCGUGUUUCCCACUUAGGAGUUGUUAGGGUUUUUUUUUUCCCAGAUAGGUUUUUUAUCAUUUUCAGAAAAGCAUAAAUACAACCUCACCUGUAUGUUUGGCAACAAAAGCAUGUUAAGCUAUUGGGCAACCAAAGCCAGAAAUUUCCCAGGUUGGGUUAGAGUAUCCUUUGAUUCAGAUCCAUUUUAAACCAUCAUAAUUUAAGAAUAGCAGUAUGACCAAUUUAAAAUUCAUUAUAUAACUGUGGGUGGUUGAGGUUUUUUUUUAAAUAAGUAUUUAGGAAACCAUUCCAAGUCCUGUACCAUCAGUCAGUUAAUUGUUUAUUAAUGAAUGAUGUCCCAAUAACUUUUGAAGAUAUAGAACAGGACAGAAUAACCCUCUGCUCAGGCAGGAAACCUAUAUUAUUUCAGACAAAUGGUUGUCCAGUCUCUUCUUUAAAACCUGCAACGUCUGCAUGUCUAUAUCCUCAGGAGUUAUUGGGACAUCAUUUUCAUCCUUCAUUUUACUCGUUUGUCUUGUCAUCACCUACUCUAAUGCAAACUCAUAGAGGAAUAUGGGCAUAUCAUGUUUAUAUGUGGGCAUUAGCUUAGUCCUACAGUUGAUUUAAUAAAAUUAGAUGCGAGAAGCUCUAGAAAUAAAAUGAGCUGUAACCUAUCAUUACUUUAUGUCAAUAAAUAAAUCCACCGAUUGGAUUUUUAUGGGUAGCAGGGCGUAAUCCUAACUCUUUAGAGCAAUAAACCAACUGAAUCCAAAAAUAAAUCCUCAGUUCCUGUGCAUUUUGAAUCUCCAAGUGAAGCAUCGUUAUUUACCUUCUGUUUUUAGAGUCGAUCGCUACGGUACAUAUUUAGUUACUCUUAGACGUUCAUCCCGUUACCUUUAAAAUUCAGAAUAUCUCUCUCUUCCACCCCUCCUUAGCUGUACCCCUCAUUUACUGAAGAUGCAUAAAUGCACAGGACCCUACAAUCACGUGUUAUCCUCUCGAAAUGCAGAAAAUUCAUAAGCAAUAUCGUGAAUUUUAUUUCACAAACCACAGAGGUACUGUAUAUAUAUAUUUUCCUAAUUCCAAAAUUUUCUAUUUUGACGCGACAAAAAAAAUUUGUAUAAAAAAAAGACAAAAAAACCUCCAGUGGUCCCUCUUUUGAUGAAUAGGACGUUAGCUGGCUGCUUCUCUCUGUGUAAACUGUCCUGUCUGCCUGCUCCUUUUUUCGUGGAGAUGCGUUUUUUGUAUGGAUGUUUGAGCCCAUGGGAGGCUUCAAGCGACGAUGUAUUUUUCCCACUUGGAAUAUAUUUAACGUAUUUAACAAACCCCAGACAAGGCUUUUAAAAAAAAAAAACGUAAGAAGAAUUGCAGUGGUAGGUGGUUUAUUUGCAAAUUGUUUUCUGUGCUGUCCAUUUUAUGGCACCUUUAACAAUAUUCUUAUUUCCAAAGUACACAAUAAAGGUUAAAAAAAAAUACUCUAGCCAUAACUGAAUGUCAAGCAAUAAAAACAAUGAUUUUUGUGCAUAGAUUUAAAGACAUACCAAUUGUAGACAUCUGCAUGUAAAUGCAAAAUCUCUUGUUUACUGCUUUCUUAAACUUGAUCAACCAACUCCUUAUUUUACUACUAAUUUAAGGACUUGUAAUGGCCUGUAUACAUUUUCUCUAGCUCGGUUUGUUACGUCAUUCUUUGUGUCUCAGCUUCUGAGUCAUAUUUAACUGUUCCGUGUGGUUCUGCUCACCUCCUGUAUGGUUAUAACUACUUUGCGUUCAUUCUCUAUAGAUAAAGAUAUACUAUUUAAAAAAGGAAAGCCUACGCGGUGCAAAUAUUUAUCUGUUUAUCAAAUACCACAUUAUGCUGUAUAAUAUCUGUUUUACUAUAUACUCUAUUUUAGAAAUAGAUGUUUAGAACUAGCGUCUGUUCUUUUGUGUUCUUCGGAUGUGUGGUGCUAGCGAAGUUAAUUUGACGAACAACAACCCCUUCCCCUGUUUUAUUCCUAGGCAAUACCACACUUGAUCUUGUACGAAUAUUUCAUGGAAUAUUUAUGUGUGUGUGUGUGUGUGUGUAGGUGCGUAUAAACCUUAUACAAUCCUGCCCACGUGCCCAACGAAGUACCUGCAUCAGAGUAUUAGUUGGGGUCAUGGUUUUCUCUUCAACUAUAUAAUUCUAUAAAGUUGUCUCUAGUAUAUUUAAUCAGGAGGAAAUUAACUCCUCGCUAUGAUAUUUGAUAUCCAAUAUAGUGUAUCCUCUCUUUUUACCCUCCUAAUUAAGUUCUUUCAAGGCCAGGAAUUCGCCAUCAUUUGGGCUGAUUUUUUGGUUCUUGUUUUUGCUCCAAAAGAUCUGGGUUUAAUUUGAACUUGUCCUGCUAGUUCCCAGGACAGGACUAAAACAGGACUAAAACAUCCGAUUUUAUUUUAUUUUUUUACUGGAGAUCUGUAAAGCUCUAAUGCUAUAAGUAGGUAGUCCUGGAAUCAACAGGUGAUCUAUAGGGCAACUUUAAGCAUCUUAUUUUGAAAAUAUUGUCUGAAAAAACUCAGGUGAACUUGUGAUUCCAGAAUCUGGUGGGCAAAAGUAGGAAUUGCAAUGACAUCAUUAAAAUCUAAAGCAAGGGUGUACAACCCUUGGCAACGUAAAGACUUGUGGACUUCAACUCCCAGUUUCAGCUCCCAAUUUCUUAAAAAACGUCUCUGUCUGGCCACCGCUUUGAACCUCCCUGGUGGGCUCUUGCCCAAAUUGAUCUAUUAAUCCCCUUAACAUGGUUGUCCACCUCACCCAAAGUGACUUUGGAUGACGGAGGGCAAAGACCCCCAGAUCUUUCUCCCUAGAGCUUCCAAGCCCCUCUAAGUUUGAUCGGGUGCAGCUGUUUCCUGAAUCAAUGAAUGUUACCUCCCAGGGAAACAAGUGCAGAUUCACCACCUCAUUUAUUGAAGAAGAAGUUUCACUGAGCUUGCCAUGAGUUAAGUUGUGAGUAGAUCUGCAUAGGAGGGCACUGUAAGCCUGACUGCCUGAUAAAUCAAUACAUGCCAAGAAAAAAAAAAGAACAAAUAUUAUAAAGAUGUUAAUUAAUCUUUCUGUUUCUGUCCUGGGCAAUCACUCAUCCAUCCAACAGUGUGCAUUUAUUGUAAAUCUAGAUAGGUGUAGAGACGUGCAAACUAAAAAGUGCAAAUCUAAUUCUCCGUGGCAUCAUAAACGGCACAGUCUAAGUCUGAACAAAAGUUGGCACUGAAAUUGACUGCCAUGUGAAAUUGAUACUUUAAAAAAAAAAUUAGGACCAGUAUUAUUUUAGCAAUAAUGGAUAUCAAAUAUCUAAAAUGAGGAAUACACUUUGAAAUAUUUAUUAUGACUCUUUUAUGGACUAUUAACUGAUUAUAAAAUCUUUAGCAAACAUUUUUGAGGAAUUUAAGAAGCUGUUUGUUUACCACUCUUUUUGAUAAUAGAGGAUAGUGACUAUUAAAGUCUCAGCUCCAUGCUUCUGUUUUUGAUUUAAUACACCAAUCGUUAUUCUGGGGGGUGGGGGAUCAGAAUUUAUCUGCACCCUGGCUACAUUUUAAUAAGCUUACGUACAUUUACUUUGUACGUAAUAAUCAGUUAAUUGGUUUUUUUAAACAUACAAUUUUCUUUAAAGAUGCAAGUCCAUUAUUACUGUUCACUCCCUUAUCAAUCCAAGUCACUUUUUAACCAGAGUUCCUCUUAUUAUUUGUGUAAUCCAUGUUUCACCUCCUUUAUACCAAUCCCUAACUGUUCGGGCUUCAUUGUUUUAUAAAUUAUGCAAAUCUGUGCAAGUAAUGUUUCUCAUAGUGUCUGAGAAAUAAUAAAUGCUGAUUAUAAAUAUGUAUCGGUCUGAGAAUUAAGCACAUAUACAUCACCAACCUCAUUGAGAGAAAUGCUCAGUCUUCUGUAAAUACCUACAAAUUGACAUGAAUCUGUACUGGACAUGCAAAAACGUGUAGUCUUUUGUGUACAGUAUAUAUAAGUCCAUUUUCUAGUUAUAAAAAAAGUAUAAGCCAUUGAGAUGAAUCUUAAAAGUAAUAUUGUAAUAAAACGAUACUAAUGGUCUUUGCCCUGUUAUGACCUAAUUUUUUUCACUGCAAUCAGACUUUCUUUAGAAUUCACUCCUAUACCUGACAGCUUAGUCGCAGCGGUUUUAUCCUGAUCCUGAAUAAAGUAUUUUGACUCAUUUUGUAAAUACAAUUGUAAAAAUAAGAGAUUUAAUGUUGUCUUUUAAAUACUCUGAUUUUCAUUCUAAUAUGAAUGUUGUUAUAUUGUACUUAGAACCUGUACCUUUAAUAUUACAUUACCUUUAUUAAGUGCAUUGAACACAUCAAUUUUAGAUGUGCUUUAUGUACUGGUCUCCUGUAAUAAAACUUCAGCUUCUAAUGGAAA